AUGCUGGUGGUUAUUUCACAGCUCCGCUCCCGGGCGUUCUCUGCUACUCCCCUCCGCCGUGAUGCCGACCUCACCCCCACUCCCAUCACCUACCUCUCUGAAACCGAGUCGAUGAUGGCAGAGUCUGUCUCCAAGUUUGCCGUGGAAGAGAUCGGUCCCAAGGUCAGAGAUAUGGACGAGGCUGAGACCAUGGAUCCUGCUGUUGUCGAGCAGCUGUUCGAGCAAGGGUUGAUGGGCAUUGAGAUCCCAGAGGAGUACGGUGGUGCCGGCAUGAACUUCACCUCGGCAAUCAUUGGCAUCGAGGAACUCGCUCGUGUCGACCCCAGCGUCAGUGUCAUGGUCGACGUGCACAACACCUUGGUCAACACCGCUGUGCUGAAGUACGGUAGCGCCGCUAUCAAGAAGAGAUGGCUUCCUAGACUGGCCACCGACACCGUGGGAUCGUUCUGCUUGUCCGAGCCCGUGUCCGGAUCCGACGCUUUUGCCCUCCAGACCAAAGCCGAGAAGACUUCCUCCGGAUACAAGCUUAAUGGCAGCAAGAUGUGGAUCACCAACUCCAUGGAGGCCGGGUUUUUCAUUGUCUUUGCCAACCUAGACCCCAGCAAGGGAUACAAGGGUAUCACUGCCUUCGUCGUUGAGAAGGACAUGCCAGGAUUCAGCAUUGCCAAGAAGGAGAAGAAGCUUGGUAUCCGUGCUAGCAGCACCUGCGUUCUCAACUUCGACGAUGUGGAAGUCCCAAAGGAGAACCUCCUGGGCGAGGAGGGCCAAGGAUACAAGUAUGCCAUCAGCUUGUUGAACGAAGGCCGUAUCGGUAUUGCUGCCCAGAUGACCGGUUUGGCCCUCGGUGCCUGGGAGAAUGCUGCUGGGUAUUUUUUUUCUCCUGAACUUACCACAUUCAGUACUAAUUGUGAUAAUAGUUACAUCUGGAACGACCGCAAGCAGUUUGGCCAGCUCAUUGGUACUUUCCAGGGAAUGCAGCACCAGGUUGCUCAGUCGUACACUGAAAUUGCCGCUGCCCGUGCCCUCGUCUUCAACGCUGCUCGCAAGAAGGAGGCCGGUCAGGAUUUCGUCCAGGAUGCCGCCAUGGCCAAGCUCUACGCCUCCCAGGUCGCCGGCCGCGUUUCCGGUCUCGCCGUCGAAUGGAUGGGGGGCAUGGGCUUCGUCCGCGAGGGUAUUGCUGAGAAGAUGUUCCGAGACAGCAAGAUCGGUGCUAUCUACGAGGGAACAAGCAACAUUCAGCUCCAGACUAUUGCCAAAUCCCUGCAGAAGACAUACACUAAAUAA